AUGAAUAAUCAGCAAACAAUUAGCUUCCAAGCAUUAGACAAGGGUUGUGAUAACACAAUCAUGUCAUCGGCAAUUAUGGAUGGAAAAUUGGACAUGAUGAAAAUGAGAGAAUCUGUUGCACAUUGGAUUCUUAUGCAUGAGCAUCCAUUUUCUGUCGUGGAGGAUGAAGGUUUUAACAUGAUGCAACAAAGGGGAAUGCCACAAUGGGAGAAGUUUUCUCGUGUCACAAGCAAGAAAGAUUGCAUGUUGGUGUAUGAGAAUGAGAAGAAGAAAUUAUUUUCAUUGUUGAAGAAUGUUAAUAAGAUCAGUUUAACAAUAGAUAUGUGGUUGUCAUCACCUCAAAAAAUGGAGUACAUGGUUCUGACUGGACACUUUAUUGACAAUAAUUUGAAGUUACAAAAGCGUGUUUUAAAUUUUGUCCAUCUUCCUCCUCCUCUCCGUGGUAUUGAUAUUGCUGAUAGUGUUUACAAAUGUUGCAAGGAAUGGGGAAUUGAGAACAAGGUCUGUACUAUAUCAGUUGACAAUGCUACUAAGAAUGAUGUUGCAAUUAGAAAUUUGAAAGAUACAUUUUCAAGACACAAGAAGUUGCUUUGUGGGGGAAAAAUAUUUCAUGUUCGUUGCACAGCUCACAUCUUGAAUAUUAUGGUUCAGUAUGGCCUUGAAAAAAUUGAGAGGAUCAUCAAAGACAUCCGUGAUAGUGUGGUCCACAUCAAACAUUCUGAGAAAAGGUUAAUCAUGUUUGCAGAGAUUGCACAACAAUUGCAAUUGCAUCAUAAAAAACUUGUGAUUGAUUGCAAAACAAGAUGGAAUUCGCCCUAUGAUAUGUUAUUUACAGCACUACAAUUUAAAGAAGUAUUUCCAAGAUACAAGGAUCGUGAUUCCACAUAUGAAUGUUGUCCAAGCAAUGAGGAUUGGGAAAAGGCAUCAAAAGUUUGUGAAAUUCUUGAAGUUUUUAGUUCGAUUACCAAUAUUAUUUCUGGAAGUGAGUAUCCCACCUCAAACUUGUUUUUGAAUGAAGUUUAUCGUGUGAAAGUGUUGUUGGAUAGAAAAUAUCAAGAAAGCAUUGAUAAAGAUUACUUCAUUUUUGACAUGGUUGCAAACAUGAAAAUUAAGUUUGACAAAUAUUGGGGUGAAUGUAAUUUGUUGAUGGCGAUUGGUGCUAUAUUAGAUCCAAGAUGCAAAAUGAGAGUUAUUGAAUUUUGCUUUCCUAAAAUGUAUACUCCACAUGAAGCACAUGCUUACAUUCUUGAUGUGAAGAAUUGCUUGUAUGAGCUCUAUAGUGAGUAUGUUGCUGAAUUUCAAUCCAAUGAUUGUGAAAAUAGUGCUGAAAAUUUAACAAUUAUUGGGCCUAGUUGUGCAACUACUAUCAGUGGCCAAAAUUCUUCCUCGGGAUGGUCUGAAUUUUCAGAGUUUGUGAAAACUGUUGAAACUAUUUCCUCACAAAAAUCAGAUUUAGAUAUUUAUCUUGAAGAAGGGUGUUAUAUCUAUGAAGGAGGUUCAAGUAAAUUUGAUGCUUUGGAGUGGUGGAAAGCAAAUACUUUGAAAUAUCGUAUUUUGUCUAAGAUGGCCAAGGAUGUUCUUGCAAUACCCAUCACGACUGUAGCUUCCGAAGCCACACUUAGCGCUGGUGGAAGAAUUAUAGACUCAUAUCGUGCUUCAUUAGCUCCUGAAACUGUGCAAGCUUUAAUAUGUGGAGGUGAUUGGUUGCGUUGUCUUUUUGGCAUUAAGAAAAAGAGCAAGAAAGAGAGUAAAGCUGAAGAAGUUGUUCUUCCUAUCAAUGAGUGUUAA